AUGGCUCAAGCUAGAGGCGGUGCAAGAAUUAAUGUGAUGUUGUUAGUGUUUUGUGUGUUGAUUCACUACAAGAUUGCUAGUGCGACUACCUACAUUGUUGGAGAUAAAGCAGGAUGGACAUUUGGAAUACAAAGUUGGCCUACAGGCAAGCAAUUCCAUGCUGGUGACAUUUUAGUUUUUAAGUAUAACAUGAAUGUGCAUUCUGUAAUUGUGACUGACGAAAAUGGAUUCAAGACAUGCAAUACUGUAACAGGUCAAAAAUUUGUAUCAGGUAAUGAUCAGAUCAAACUUAGAAUGGGACAAAACUAUUUCAUUUGCGGUACUCCUGGGCACUGUGUUGGUGGAAUGAAAAUGACAAUAUCUGCUGCAUAG